GGUUGCCGUAGACAGGACCAGCCGCAUGCGCAUUUACGCUUCAUUCCGAAAAACAAUGGCGUCCUCCUUUGCUGUGUGCAGGUUACAUAUGAGAGGAAGGGCCAGCCUCGCGAAGUGCCUACAGAAAACCGACGCGUUUCUUCACAGAAGUAUAGGAACAGACGUCGUUAUUGCCCGAGCUGAGGCCACUCGAAGUGACGAAAGUGAUGAAAAGAAUGGAAGGAAGUCUCUGCACACUCUCCACAUGGAGAGACAAGAACAAGCAGAGAGGUCCGUUCUCAUCAGCUGUCAGUCCAGUACCAAUGAGAAAAAGUUCCUCAAGUAUUUAUCAAAACAUGGAGAAAUCAAUAAAUACUUCUUUUAUGAAAGCUAUGGAGUGUAUGCUGUAGUGGAGUUUGCCAACCAGGAAAGUGUUACGUCUUUACUUGAAGGGGUGGCAAUUCCUGGUGGCAGCCACGAAUCCGCAGUGCCUUUCAAAUCCAGACUGUUGUCACUCAGAAACCUCGGCUCAGUGGACUCAUCAAACCAACUGUCAGGCCGGCAGUGCCAACCUCAGACCACUAUUCCCAUCAAUGAGCUAAUAAAGAGACUUUCCAGAGAAGAGAGUAUAGACAAGCAGAUAAGCUCCUUGACUGAAGCCUAUCAACUCACAGAGGAGAACAGCAGGCUGCGUUUCCUCGUCUGUUCCCUACUCAAGGAUAUUGCUACCGCUUAUUUUCCAGAAUGCACCAUCAAACCCUUUGGCUCAUCAGUGAAUGGCUUUGGAAAGCUUGGCUGUGACCUGGAUAUGUUGCUGGAUCUGGACAGCAUCACUGGACGCAAUGUGAAACUGCCUAAGUCAGGCCUCUCCCUGGAGUACCAGAUGAAGCGGGCCAAUUCAGAGCGAGCCGUUACUCAGAGCAUCCUGUCUGUGAUCGGGGAGUGCGUCGACCAGUUUGGGCCCGGCUGCGUGGGGGUACAGAAAAUUCUCAACGCACGGUGCCCUCUGGUCCGUUUCGCCCACCAGCCGUCUGGCUUUCAGUGUGACCUCACAGCCAACAACAGGGUGGCGAUGAAGAGCACAGAGUUGCUCUACCUGUAUGGAGAGCUGGACCCUCGGGUGCGCAGCCUGGUGUUCACUGUACGCUGCUGGGCCCGAGCUCACGGAGUCACCAGUAGCAUCCCCGGGGCCUGGAUCACCAACUUCUCCCUCACUGUCAUGGUGCUGUUCUUCCUGCAGAAGAGGACUCCUCCCAUCAUCCCCACACUGGACCACCUGCGGGACCUCGCAGGCCCCGGGGACAAGACCGUGAUCGAGGGGAACGACUGCACAUUUGUCAGCGACUUCAACAAGAUCCAGCUUCAGAGCAACACAGAGACGCUAGAGCAACUGCUGGGUGAGUUCUUCGAGUUCUACGCCACCUUCCCAUUCAGCCGGAUGUCCAUAAAUAUCAGAAAGGGCAAGGAGCAGAACAAACCAGAGGUGGCCCCGCUGCACAUCCAGAACCCGUUUGAAACCUCUUUAAACGUCAGCAAGAACGUCAACGCCAGCCAACUCGACCGAUUCGUGGCUUUGUGUCAGGAGAGCGCCUGGCUGCUCCAGCAGAGUGAAACCAGCACACCAAGAGGUGGUGGUGCGGGAGGCGAAGGUGCACCCACACCUUGGGGACUCGCUACCCUCCUUCUGCCUUCGCAGGUCGCAGGGAUCAAAAGUCGCAAGAAAAGGAGGAGGGAGCCGGCCAGUGAAAGGAUCAAGGGCUUGCUAGAAUCAUUAAAAAAUAAAAAUCAACUAAAGAAGAGCUAGAAGGACUCUUCCAUGUCUCCACGCUCUUGUCAGGACUUCAACCUCCUCAGUGUUGCUGUGUGAUGCUUCACUGUGAAGGUGAGAGAAGAGGCUCCAGGAACUGGACUGUAGUUCCAAACAUGGACACUGGAGGGUGUUAGUGAGACCUAUAAGUGCAUAUGUUUUGGGACCUGAAAUAAGGGAGUCUUGGCCAUGUAGGCUGUAGACUUUCCCACUCUGUUGUGAUUAAAGACAAUACUGUGUAAUUCA